AUGACAAGUUUGAGGAAUUUGGAGAUUUUCAUUCAAGGAGAUAAUGUUGGGUGGCAAUACGUUGAUGCGGAUGAUUUUAAACAAUUGAGUCUUCUUGAGAACCUCAAGACAGUAAAGAUUGUGAUAGAAGAUGCUCCGGCAACACCGUUAGAAGACGACGAAAAACCCGAGAUCUAUGAAAACUUCAUUAGUGCAAUUACUAGUAUAGGACCAAAACCCUUUGUAGUUGUUGUAAACUGUGAUCCGCAGUAUACAAAACAAAUUUUAGACAUUGGAUACAACAUCCGAGUAAGACAGAAUGUUCGUGACAUUAGCGAAUUUGCUCAAGAAAUUAAGAACGACAGAUUUAAUAUAGUGACUUACGAUAUUACUGGCAACGUGAAUGAUGUUAUUGAUAAUAAUGUCAUUCAGAAGUAUGGUAUUCCAGUCGUGGAACUCAGUUGGAUGGAAGACAAACCUGAAGGUAAAGAAAGAACAUUCGACUUGAGUAAGUACAAUGCGUUGUAUGACUUCAGCUUGUCUAUUAUGGACGUCAAGUGUCAUUGGGUAUUACCAACCAACUUAACUCGACUCUCCGUGUUAGAUGAAAACAUUGUGAAUUUAAGUCAACUUCAGGAUCUCCAGAUAUUAAUUCGAGAUCAAAUUCCUCAAUGUCCGUUGAACCAGUUGACUAAUCUUCAAUUGUUCAGACCAAAAAAAGUCAGUGCAAAAGAAAUCAAUGAUAUUGGAAAUGUCAAAGAGUUCUCUGUCGAGUAUUUCAGAGAAGAGGUGCUUGAUCUGAAAGACUUGAAAGCAACGACUGUUCACAUCAGAAAUUUCUUUGGGAAGACUAUCAUAUUAUCAAACAACGUAGAAUAUUUGGAUGUUGCUUGUAUCAAUGUCGAGCAACUUGUUAUUCCCAAAUCCGUCAAAACUUUAAUUUGCAAUCAGUCGGAUAAGCUCAUUACACUUCACUUUGAAGAAGAAAUUCAAUUGGAAAGUAUCACCAUGUUCUGUUGCAAGAACCUUAACAAAUUCACUCUUCCUAAAUCAGUUAAGACACUCAAGUUACAGUCCGACAUUAAAGCCAAAGUUCUUAACAUCCAAGACUUCAAAUUAUAA